AUGAGUGGCGCUGUUUUUGGACUGAGCAAUAACUUCUGGGUGCUGCUCGCCGCGGCGACUGUUGGGGUCAUAAGUCCCAGUCUUAUUGGCAUGAUUGGACAGGCCCUUGGUACCAUUGUGUCUGGCUCGGUGAUCGAGGCCCUCGAAUCGAGAGACGGCUGGACGACGGCCCGCGCGUAUCAUAUCAUCUUCUUCGGUUACGGGGUUCUCGGAAUAGUCAAAACUGUACUGUGUUUGAUGCUCAGUCAGGCUUGCGAGAUUGAUAUCAAGUCGGUGAAUCUUGCGCAUCGGGAAAAUGCUUCAGUGCCACCAUCUGAAAACUUACGCUUAUUGCCGGAUGACGGUAAGAAAGACAAAGGAAGAAGGGGCUGGCAGGUUGCAUCUUCAACAAGCAAGGAGUCUUUGGCAGCACUUUCCUCCUGGCACUAG